UGCGCUCCACUCCUGACUGUCUGAUAUCUCUCGUCGGAGACAAGAAGACCCAUGAGAGAGGCCGCAAGAAGAGACUUCUCUCUGCGGGUUUGAGAGGCACACCCUGAGUUCCCACUCCCGCUCGAUUGGUGUAACCUCCUCAAAUUGCUAAUUGCGCAGUUCCAUCGAAGCUGGUGCUUCCAUAAUCUUGCUCGUCUCCAAAUUCUGGGCCUCAUCGACCGGAGUGUCGGUGGGUGUAGAUAAUCAGAAUGGCUUGCUCAGUGUCCUUAACAUCCCCCAUUUGCUUCCGCAAUGCAAACAACGCCAAGACCGCGCUGAAUGCUAGCCCAAUCAAGAUCAUGAAGGCGACACUGAGGUCGAGGACAUUUACCCAGUUUGCGAUUCCACCCCUGUCCACUGCGGCGGCCGACUUUGCUUCCGUGGACGGCACGACCAUCGCCGUCAUUGGUGGCAGCUCGGUGGCUGCAUUGGCCGCUGUGCUCACGUUGACAGAUCCAGAGAGGAGACGGCAGCUCCAGGCGGAGGAGGUGGGCGGUGGGGACAAGGAGGUGGUUAGGGAGUACUUCAACAACUCAGGGUUCCAGAGAUGGAAGAAGAUAUAUGGCGAGACAGAUGAUGUCAAUAAAGUCCAGCGUGACAUAAGGCUUGGGCACUCCAAGACUGUGGAGAAUGUGAUGAAGAUGUUGACUGAUGAGGGGUCUCUUCGAGGGGUCACCGUCUGUGAUGCCGGGUGUGGCACGGGGUGCCUCGCUAUUCCGCUGGCAAAGGAAGGUGCUGUUGUGUAUGCCAGUGAUAUCUCCGCUGCUAUGGUUUCCGAGGCUGAGAGACAGGCAAAAGAACAGCUUCAAAUCACCAAUGAUGACCAAUCACCUCCUCCGACUAUGCCAAAAUUCCAAGUGAGUGAUUUAGAGAGCCUGAAGGGGAAAUAUGACACAGUGAUAUGUUUGGAUGUUCUCAUACACUACCCGCAGAGUAAGGCAGAUGGGAUGAUCGCUCACCUUGCUUCACUGGCAGAAAAUCGGUUGAUUCUGAGCUUUGCUCCAAAGACAUUCUACUACGAUCUGUUAAAAAGAGUAGGGGAGUUAUUCCCAGGACCUUCCAAGGCAACAAGAGCUUAUUUGCAUGCUGAGGCAGAUGUCGAGAGAGCAUUACAGAAGGUUGGGUGGAAAAUAAGGAAGAGAGGCCUAAGCACCACUCAGUUUUACUUUGCAAGACUUGUCGAGGCUGUUCCUGCAUUGAGGCAAUGGAGUGAGUGAGUGAGGUUAAGUUUUGGUUUUUUGACUUGUUAAUCAGGUUGUAGUUUUGGAAAAGAUAGGAAGUUUGAACAUUGGUCAGAAUUUCAUCUGUAAAUUAGUUAUUCCAAUUCCAACUCCUUAAUUAAUAAAUUCUCUUUUCAUUGAC